AAAACUAGUAUCUGCUACUUGUCCUUCCCAGACUCCUACUCAGGUGGCCUGGGGGAUACUCAGUUUAGCUUCCGCCUUCGUCAGUCUGGGGGACAGAGGACCACUCAUUAUGAGGAUGAUGGCGAGUACAACAGAGAAGCACCCCUAACGCUGCAGCGGGAAUCAGCUCAUUACUUUGGUUACGUAUACUUCAGGCAAGUCAAGGACAGCUCGAUGAAGAGAGGUUAUUUUCAGAAGUCUUUGGUGCUGGUGUCACGCCUUCCAUAUGUGAACUUGUUCCAGUCCUUGCUGCAGCUGAUUGCUCCGGAAUACUUUGACAAGCUGGAGCCGUGCCUGGAGGCAGUGUGCAAUGAGAUUGAUCAGUGGCCGCCUCCAGUGCCAGGACAGACUCUGAACCUUCCAGUGAUGGGAGUUGUCAUUCAGGUGAGAAUCCCAUCAAGGGUGGAUAAGCCAGGAUCAAGCCCAGUGAAGCAGUUCAAUCAAGAGAAUCUGUUACCAGCCCCACUGGUUCUCCCCAGUAUUCAUGAACUGGAUCUCUUCAGGUGUUUCCAGCCGGUGCUAAUUCAUAUCCAGAUGUUGUGGGAGCUGAUGUUACUAGGAGAGCCAAUUGUUGUAAUGGCACCAUCCCCUACAGUUUCUUCAGAAAUGGUUCUGGCACUUACCAGCUGCCUUGCUCCUCUGAGGUACUGUUGUGACUACCGCCCCUAUUUUACUAUCCACGACAGUGAAUUUAAAGAGUAUACCACCAGGACACAAGCUCCGCCAAAUAUUGUUGUGGGAGUCACAAACCCUUUCUUUAUCAAAACCCUCCAGCACUGGCCACACAUUCUUCGGGUUGGGGAGCUCAGAAUGUCAGGAGACCUGCCCAAGCAAGUUAAGGUGAAGAAACUAGCUAAACUAAAAACUCUAGACACAAAACCAGGAAUCUAUACUUCUUAUAAAACAUUCCUUCACAAAGACAAAACCCUGAUAAAAAGAUUACUAAAGGGGAUUCAGCGGAAACGCCCGUCUGAAGUCCAAAGUGCCCUUUUGAGGCGUCACCUCCUGGAGCUCACCCAGAGUUUCAUUAUUCCCCUGGAGCAUUAUAUUGCAAGUCUGAUGCCUCUGCAGAGGGCCAUUACUCCAUGGAAGAAUCCUCCACAGAUUCGUCCUUUCCGUCAGGAAGAUUUCAUGAAGACCCUUGAGCAUGCUGGUCCCCAACUUACCUGUGUACUUAAGGGUGACUGGUUAGGCCUCUACAGGCGUUUCUUCAAGUCUCCCAACUUUGAUGGCUGGUACCGUCAGAGGCACAAGGAAAUGACCCAGAAGCUGGAGGCCCUUCAUUUGGAGGCAAUCUGUGAAGCGAACAUUGUGGCCUGGAUGAAGGAUAAGUCUGAGGUGGAGAUUGUAGACCUGGUGCUAAAACUUCGUGAGAAGCUGGUAAGAGCCAGGUGCCAGCACCUCCCUGUGAAGGAGGAAACCCUGCAGCGCGUGGGGCUGUAUAUCGAGACCAUCAUCGGCUCCUUGCCGGAGGAUCUCCAGACUGUGCUGCACCACCACUGAGCACGGUGAAGGGACUCUCUUGGAGAAGGAAGGGCCCUCCCGCCCCGCUCCCAGCUGUGGGCAGCUGCGGUUGCCUUUGGAAAGGAAAGUUCUUCCCUGCUCCAGCCAACAUGCCCUGAUCUGGACCUUGCUCACAACCGCCUGUGAUUUUGGGCACGUGAGCGUGUGGGUCAGAACUGCAGCAGAAACGGGGA